GGCCGGGGAGCAGACUUGCUGUGAUAGUGCUUCCCUCUUGGGGAGAACGGACCGUGACACCUGGAAGCCGCACCUCCAACCCCAGACGCCAUGUCCGGCAAGGGCUCCGUGGUUCUGGCCUACAGCGGCGGCCUGGACACCUCGUGCAUCCUCGUGUGGCUGAAGGAGCAGGGUUACGACGUCAUUGCCUACCUGGCCAACAUCGGCCAGAAGGAAGACUUUGAGGAAGCCAGGAAGAAGGCGCUGAAGCUGGGGGCCAAAAAGGUGUUCAUCGAGGACGUGAGCAGGGAGUUUGUGGAGGAGUUCAUCUGGCCUGCCAUUCAGUCCAGUGCACUGUACGAGGACCGCUACCUCCUGGGAACCUCCCUCGCCAGGCCCUGCAUCGCCCGCAAGCAAGUGGAGAUUGCCCGGCGAGAAGGAGCCCAGUAUGUGUCUCACGGUGCCACAGGGAAGGGGAACGACCAGGUCCGGUUCGAGCUCACUUGCUACUCGCUGGCCCCCCAGAUUAAGGUCAUCGCUCCGUGGCGGAUGCCUGAGUUCUACAACCGCUUCAGGGGCCGCAGUGACCUCAUGGACUACGCAAAGCAACACGGAAUCCCCGUCCCAGUCACCCCUAAGAGCCCGUGGAGCAUGGACGAGAACCUCAUGCACAUCAGCUACGAGGCCGGCAUCCUGGAGAACCCCAAGAACCAAGCUCCUCCGGGGCUCUACACAAAGACCCAGGACCCCGCCAAAGCCCCUAACAGCCCCGACAUCCUGGAGAUAGAAUUCAAAAAAGGGGUCCCCGUGAAGGUGACCAACAUCCAGGAUGGCACCACCCACAGCACCUCCUUGGAGCUCUUCCUGUACCUGAAUGAAGUCGCGGGCAAGCACGGUGUGGGCCGCAUCGACAUUGUGGAGAACCGCUUCAUUGGGAUGAAGUCCCGAGGUAUCUACGAGACCCCAGCGGGGACCAUCCUCUACCACGCUCAUUUAGACAUCGAGGCCUUCACCAUGGAUCGGGAAGUGCGCAAAAUCAAACAGGGCCUGGGCCUGAAAUUCGCCGAGCUGGUCUACACCGGUUUCUGGCACAGUCCCGAGUGUGAAUUUGUCCGCCACUGCAUAGCCAAGUCCCAGGAGCGGGUGGAAGGGAAGGUGCAGCUGUCCGUCUUAAAGGGCCAGGUGUACAUACUCGGCCGGGAGUCCCCCCUGUCCCUCUACAACGAGGAGCUUGUAAGCAUGAACGUGCAGGGAGAUUACGAGCCCAUCGAUGCUACGGGUUUCAUCAACAUCAACUCCCUCAGGCUGAAGGAGUAUCAUCGGCUCCAGAGCAAGGUCACCGCCAAACAGACCGCCUGACAAAGGGGCGCCUCGGCCUCCUCACGCUGCAGAGCUCCCCAGAACAGGCACUAAUUGUUGUGAUCGUUUGUAAUUGUGACUUGUUCUCCCCGCUGCCUGGCAGCCUAGUGGGGCUGCCGGGCCCCAGCUUUGUUCCCUAGUCAUCCCCCCGCCCCGCCCCGCCCCAGCCUGCAAAAGUGGUCAUUGGAAGGUGGGGGUGGCCACAGUGGGGAGCUCCACAAUGACAAUUAAAAAAAGGUACAUUAGU